UGUUAUCAGCAAGUCAUUAUUCAAUGGGAAGGCGACUUUAGGUGAAAUUGGCAAAAACUGGAGGCAAUACAACUGGACAGAAACCAGAUCCGAAAGGAAAAGAAGAAAGAGAUCCGAAAAGCAUUAAGAAGAAUAAACCCAAAAGAGUUUGACCCGUAGCCGACUCCGUACUUGGAUCGGCAAUGGCUAAUUCCGAUCCCGACAAAUUGAUCGCCAAAGCUGAUAAACUGACAAAACUCAGUUUGACGAGAUGGAAUGCUGAUUGGAGGAACGCCACCGGUUUGUAUGAGCAGGCCGCGAUUGCAUAUAGACUUGCCAAAAAGUAUGAGAAAGCAAAGGAGGCAUUUGAAAUGGCUUCAAAAGGACAGGAGAUGCUCUCAUCGCCGUGGGAUGCUGCAAAACAUAUGGAAUCUGCUGCAGCACUGGCGAAGGAAGUGGGCAAUUGGAAUCAAGUGUCUGAUCUCUAUAGACGUUCGUCUGAGUUGUACAUUGAGUGCGGGAGGUCUCAACCUGCAUCGGAUGCCCUUGCAAAGGGUGCUCGUGCUUUAGAAGAUGCGUCGCCUGAUGAAGCUAUCCGGCUUUAUAAUGAUGCGUGUACUGCUCUUGAAGACGACGGGAAGGAACAAAUGGCCUUUGAUCUGUAUCGUUCUGCUACAAGUCUCUAUAUAAAACUUGAAAAGUACACUGAUGCUGCAACUCUUCUUCUCCGAUGGGCCUUAGCAGCUGAUAAGUGCAGUGCUGCACAUAGCCAGUGCAAGGCAUAUCUUAGUGCAAUCAUCGUGUAUCUUUAUGCCCAUGACUUCCAGCAAGCAGAGAAAUGUCACAAUGAUUGUUGCCAGGUUGAUGCUUUCGCAAACAGUGAUCAAAAUCGUGCUGCUACUAGACUUCUCUCUGCAUACACCGAUGGUGAUGUUGAGGAAAUCAAGCGCGCAGCUCAGUCGAGUACUAUAUCCAAUCUUGAUCACGUGAUCAUCAAGCUUGCAAGAAAACUGCCUACUGGGGAUGUCACUGCAUUGAAGAGGGACACAUCAGAUUUGCAAGAAGACCCGUUGGAUGAAGAUGAUCUUACAUAGUCUCCCACCAUUGUCGAUAAAUCAGAAAAAUGCUUCGACUACAAUUAUUUGGCUCCAAUAAUCUGUAAUUUAUCUUAAAUCUACAUCCUCGUGUUGAUAUGAAUUUCACACUAUUUUAUUUGAGAGUGAACCAUUUGUGAAUAUGCCCAGAGUUUUAUUGAAAUUUCAUUGAAUGAU